AUGCAACAAUGCUGGAACGGAGGGCGACCACCUGACUUGGAGUCCGAAUCUCUUGACAGUUGGGACCAAAUGGAACGAGAAUUCUUGAACAUAUUCUAUAGCACUCGUCGCACUGUGAGUAUGAUGGAACUCACGAAUACCAAGCAAUGGAAAGAUGAACCUAUCGUUGAUUACAUCAAUCGAUGGCGUUCAUUAAGCUUGGAUUGCAAAGAUAGGCUUUUGGAGAUAUCAACAGUCGAGAUGUGCAUUCAAGGGAUACAUUGGGGGUUACUCUACAUUCUAUAA